AUGCAAUGCGUUGCAUGCGAUCCCGAUCAGCGUCAGGUCAGAUGAUGUGUUGGGAUUUUAUGUGUUAACUGUCUUCUUUUUUUAGAGUAUAGAUGGAGCCAUCGUCUAUCGAAGCCACGCCUCCGAAAUUCUUAUCAUUGCUGCCUGGGUUGGUAAGGUUAUCCGGUGCUUGGUUUCCUGGCCCUUUUUGCUUCUUUGCACUUCAUAAUUUCAGGUGACGAUUGAUAAUAUCAUGCGGGACUGGAGCGCCUAAUGGAUUCCUGCCAUUAGGCCGGAUCUCGGAUGAUGUCCCUAUAAAAGAGGGGGACUUCCAAUCAGUGUCAGGUCAGAUGAUAUGUUGGGAUCUUUUGUAAUAACCGUCCUCUUUUUUUAGAGCAUAGAUGGAGCCAUCGUCUAUCGAAGCCACGCCGGAGAACAUCGUAAGCCUGCUGUUGAGUGGCGCCCCGCUUCUUGAUGGGCCAUUUCUGGCGCCUGGCCUGGGGAUGCCACGAGUCGUGUUAGAAUUUGAAGUGCCUCCUUAUAUGGCUGCAAACUCAGGUAAGUCAUAUUUUAAGUGCGCCAGUAAAAUCAGUGUUUGAUUAAGCGGAAGAUUUUGGGGGAAGAGAAGGACCUUUUGUUUUAAAAACCAACUUUGGCGAGCGUAGUCGUCAUAGUGAAGCAAAAUUAAUUUCGGUGUAUAUAAAGAAACAACCCACCGGAGUAUUCGCAGCCCACAGGGCAAGCCAAAGAUUUGAGUGCAGCUUUUAUUGGCGUACCCUGUACUUGUCUUGAUGUUUUUGCGUGUCUGUUGUACAUUGACAUUUUGCUUUCAGCUCCUUCCUGCCACGGAGAGCCUAUACCGGUGCCCUUGACGUGCAAGCCACUGUCGUGGUUUUUUCCGACACCAAGCUUUUUGGUUUUGGAGGCGCGGCCAUGUAUGCCCAUCGUAAAUGA